CUCUGUCUAAACAUCUAUCUUUUCAACAUCCCAACAUGGACGGAUACGAAAGUGAUUCUCCAUUAGCCACCGCCGGUGCAGAUGAAACGGGCGAUGGGAAUUAUACCUGUUCCUGCUCAUCCAGACAGCCAAAGAAAGGUUGGAUUCAAAAGGUCCUUCCAAAAAGCCUUGCGAGCAUGGUAGUGCAGCCCUGUCCAUCUCAUUGGCGAUCAAGGUGGAACAAGUUUUUGGCACCACAAAGUCGGUAGUGGUGCGGUAGUGAAGGAAUCGCAAUCUGAAAGGAUAGCGGUGCUUUCAGGGCGGUUAAGAUAUUAUUUACCGAUUCGACCAUGAAGAUCGCCGGUAAGACGGCCGGAGACUCCAAGACGCCGAGGUUUGCGCCAGGCGAAAGAUGCACGGAUUUGUCCUUGUGGGCAAAUGGCAUUGGAACACGCUGCGGACGAAUCCGCAUUUACACCAGUGAGGGCCAGAGCUUUGAUUGGGGAAUGCAUGGAGGCAAGGAUGAAUAUCCCAUCGACGUUGGCAGUGGCAUCUUGGUCGGAUUCUGCGGAGAAGGGGGGUCUGAUAUCGACCGUCUCGGGGCUCUCUUUAUCAAGCCCAUCAGGAGAAUCGUCUCCUCGGUUGACUACGGCCAACUGCCCCCGGGUAGACAAGGGAUCCAAUCCAUUGAACUCGACAGCUACCAGCAUGUGAAUAAAUCGAGCAGUGACCUGAAUUGGUCCUGGCGAAAGUCCGUUUCUAAAACAAGUUCGCAGACCCUGGUCGCAGUCGGCCAGCUUCACAUUCGGCAUGUCCAUCUCCGUGGAAGCUGGGAUUCCCGAAGUCGUCAGUGUGGGCGCGGAGACUCACUGGGAGUUGAGCAUCGAGGCGAGCCAUGAAAUAUCAGAAAGUCAGACAAAAGAAUUGGGAUGGGAUGUGUCGCGGACUCUGGAGCCUGGAAGGUCGGUCAGAUUGACUGCGGUUACGGAAGAAGGGAAGAGCAAUCUGCCCUAUACUUCCACAGUGACCGUCUAUCUUAAAGACGGAUACUCGCACACACAACGGAGCAUGGCGUCUAUAAGGGCGUCUCGUACUCUCAGGUCGAUAUUCACUCCUCGGACAAGAAACGCAUUUCCAGC